GAAUUCUAUUUUCGAAUCACAACGGUCUUAUUUUCGCAUCUCUUUCCGCUCUCGCUCUGCUCCAUCGCUGCAAAACCCUAUUUUCUUCUUCUUUUUCUGAUUCAUAAAUCUUUGGAUCUAAUGCAAAAUUGUUACGAAUGGUUACAACAGGGAAUUCUCACGCCUCUUCAGAACGUCAGAAAUGGGACAAAAUCUUCAACGGUCUGGUUAAAAUGUUAAAUUCCCAACAGGAACAGCUCCAGAGUCUCGUUACCGAGAGGAAGAUCCUCGAAGAUCGCAUAAAGAUGCAACACGAAAAGUGGGUGUCUGAUAUUAGUCUCUACGAAGAUCAUAUUGGUCAAAUGCAGAGUACUAUUAUGGCACAGGAGAUGACACGCUUGCUUGAGGCCGCCAAAUCUGAUAUGAUGCUGGGAUUGAAGAAUAGAGAGACUUCUCUCUUGGAACUUAAACUAGAGCACGCAGAUGACAGUUUGGUUGAUUUCAGGGCCUGGUUUGACUUGCUCAUACAAAACCCAAAAGAUAGUGGUACAAACACUUUUGAUGGGGAAGCAAGAAGAAUAAAGCUUGAAUUUGAUAAACUUGCUUCUGAAAAGACAGCUGAAGUAUCUGCACUCUUGGCAGAAAAAGACUUUGUAUGGCACCAGUAUAAGCUUUUGGAAAAAGAUCUCACUACUAAAUUAAAUAGCAAGCGUGCAGAAGUUGAUAAAGCAAAUGAGAAGAUUGCGAAGCUUCUUGCUACUAUAGAGGAGCUUCAGUCAUCCAACAAAGAGAAGGAUGAAUUUAUUGCAAAGUUAAAAACUGAAGUUGCUGAGAAGGAGGCUGGCACAAAUAAAUGCAGUGAUGAAAUCUCCAGACUCUCAUGGGAAUUGGAGCUAUUAAGAAAGUCUAGAAGUGCUUCAAUUACACCUGUCUUAAAUCCUUGUGUGACAGCAGCUAAACCUUCCAACAUGGGAGGCAAGAGUGUGACACCUCUGUUAAAACAUCUCACAACAGGAAGUGGAAAUCCAGGAUGUAAGGAUAGUGUCAGGAACAAAAGUAAUGUUGUUCUGAAGAAAGAGCUGUCGGCUGCACAAGUCCCUGAUCUCUCACACUCUGAGAAGGGCAGAAAAAGUUCAAAGAGAAAAGUGGGUGAUGUUUGUACAAUUUCAGAAACUCCAAAGUUGUUCACAUCUAAAUUUAAAGUCCCCAAAUUGAAGGCAUCUCCUUGUGUUAUAAGAUGACCCUCCAAAAUGAUAUCUCUGCCUUGAGAUCUAUAGAUGCUACACGAGGUGGCCGUUGUUGUAUAUCUAGUUUCUGUGGAUUUUGAUGUAAAUUAUUUUAACGGUCAUAGAUGGCAGCUAAUCUCUGUACUUUAGCUUUCUUAAUCUGUUCUUCGUUAAGAAAGAAGACUAACGUUGGAUGAGUUUGUUUAAGUUUUCAGCUGUUAGAGGUCGUCUCUUUGGAAAACACAAACCGUAUGUAAUUCUGUAGGCAAUACUGUUUAGAAGAAAUGUAUGGCAUUGUGUUAGUUUGUUGCCAAGACAAUCAUUGACCUCAAUUCAUUAUUAAGUUUUGAGCCCUGCUGAUUGGAACACAUGUGCUGUGUUUGCUA